AUGAGCGCCAGCGCCACCACCUUGCGCGACGCCGCGGCCAUCCUCGGCGCCCUCUCCGCCGCCUCCGCCGCCCAGCUCCACGCGCACGCCCUAAAGCUCGGGUUUCUCCCCUCCUGUCUCCACCUCUGCUCGUCCUUCCUCAAGUCUUACGCAGCCUCCGGCCGCCUGGCCUCCGCGCGCCAGCUGUUCGACCAAACCCCCCGCCGGGACAUCCCUCUAUGGAACACCCUCGUCUCCGCCUGCGCGCGCUCCCGUCAACCCCACCACGCCCUGCUCGCUGCGUCCGCCAUGGUGGGCGAGGGCUCCCGGCCCAACAACCUCUCCGUCACGAGCCUCCUGUCUGCGUGCGCGCAGCUGAGGAGUCUGGUGCACGGGAGAGAGCUCCACGGAUAUGCCGUCAGGAAUAUCCCUGUUCUUGAUUUGCGCGUUCUCAAUGCGCUGGUAAGCAUGUACGGGAGAUGCGGGCGGUUUGCUGAAGCGAGCACGGUGUUCGCCGGUAUGGGGAAUAAGAGCGUGGUUUCUUGGACCUGCAUGAUCAAUGCCUGCUGCGAGAACAGUCGCCCAGCAGAGGCGCUGGAGGUGUUCAACGAGAUGAGGCUUGCCGUUGUCAAGGUCGAUGAGGUCACCCUGCUUGCAGUCAUCUCGGCGUGCACAAAAUUGGAUUGUACGUCGGAGUUGGGCGAGUGGGUGGAGGAAUAUGCAUGCGAGAAUGGCUUCUUGGAGAACACCCGUAUCGCUAAUUCGCUCAUCCAUAUGCAUGGUAAGAUGGGGAGGGUGAAGAAGUCAUGUCAGAUAUUUGACUCGAUGAGUGUGAGGACUGUGGUCUCAUGGACAGCCAUGAUACAGGCACUUGCUGUGCAUGGGCAUGGGGUGGCUGCCCUUGUUCGGUUUUCGCAGAUGCUUAGACAAGGGUUCUGGCCUGACGAGGUUAUCUUCUUAAGCGUGAUCAAUGCUUGUUGCCACUCCAGGCUAGUGAGUGAAGGGCGCCGGUUGUUCAAGUCCAUGGUCGUAGACUAUCACAUCACACCAUGGAUGGAGCACUAUGGAAGCAUGGUGGACCUGUUGUGCAGAUCUGGCAUGUUGGACGAGGCGUUUGAGUUUGUCCUGGCCAUGCCUGUGAAGCCUGAUCCUGUAAUAUGGCGUGUAUUGACCGGAGCAUGCCGUGAUCAUGGAGAUAUGAAUUUAGCGAGGAAGGUGAUGGAUCAUGUGAUCGACAUGGAGCCUGGCCAUGAGGGGAAUUAUGUGCUUGCGUCAAACUUAUAUGCUGCUAAUGAGAACUGGGGACGUGUUGUGGAUGUAAGGGUGGAGAUGGGUGUGAGGAAAGAGACGUUAAGAUGCAGUACUGCCCUGUCUUACAUUGAAGUCAAUGGUGAAGAAAAUGCAGAAAGCUUCUCUACUGCACAGCACCAGUAA